GCUGCUGACUUGACUUUUACUCUUCUGGGGUUUGUAACUUUUGGGGCAAACGGACGUCGGAGCCGCUGCAGGAGAAGAAGCACCGAUCGUCCUCCUGCCAGGCGCUGAUCCUCCAUCACCUGCUCCGUCAGCGUGCUGUCAUGGCGGGAGCUCUCAGGAUGAGUGAAGCUCAGUACAACGUGUACGACAACGACCUGCAGAUGAAUUUGAUGCAGUACGACUACAUUCCUCCCGUGGACAUAAAGACGGAGCCCUACAUCCCCGAGACAGCUCACGGUCCUUACAUCCAAAUCAUCGAGGAGCCCAAACAGAGGGGCUUUCGUUUCCGCUACGAGUGCGAGGGUCCGUCACACGGGGGGCUCCCAGGGGCCUCCAGCGAGAAGAACAGGAGGACGUACCCGACCGUGAAGAUCAAUAACUACGUGGGACAUGCCCGGGUGGAGGUCCAGCUGGUGUCCCACACGGAUCCUCCUAGUGUCCACGCUCACAGUCUGGUGGGACGUCACUGCACUGAGAACGGGACGUGCACGCUGGACAUCGGCCCCAACGACCUCGCCGCCUCAUUCAGUAACCUGGGGAUCCUCCAUGUGACCAAGAAAGGUGUGGUGGAGGUUCUGAGCCGGAGGCUGAGGGACGAGAGGAAGAGACUGAAGGGACCACACUGCCACCUCACAGAUUCAGAAGAAAACGGGCUCCUGAAGGAGGCCAAGGAGCUGGGCAAGGUGAUGGACCUGAACAUCGUCAGGCUGAAGUUCACCGCCUACCUGCAGGACAGCAACGGAGGCUUCACCAGAGGCCUGAAGCCUGUGGUUUCCAACCCCAUCUACGACAGCAAGUCGCCCAACGCUUCCAACCUGAAGAUCUCCCGGAUGGAUAAGACGUGCGGCACGGUGCUCGGAGGAGACGAGAUCUUCCUGCUGUGUGACAAGGUCCAGAAAGACGACAUCGAGAUCCGCUUCUACGAGGAGGACGACGAGGGAGGCUGGGAGGCCUUCGGCGACUUCUCCCCUACUGACGUUCACAAACAGGCCUGUGUCCUCCCCCCGUGUCCUCCCCCCGUGUCCUCGUUCCGAACGCCGCCUUACCACACCGCGGAGAUCGAGAGGCCCGUCACCGUCUUCCUGCAGCUGAAGCGGAAAAAGGCCGGCGACAGCAGCGACCCCAAACAGUUCACCUACACCCCCCAGGUCCAAGACAAAGAGGAGGUGCUGAGGAAGAAGCAGAAGCCACUGCCUCACUAUGAACCCUGGAGAGGAGGAGGAAGGGGGGGAGGAGCUGGGGGGUUCGGAGGAGGAGCUGGAGGAGGAGGCUUCCAGUUUAACCAGCAGAUGAAUGGAGGAGUAUUUUUCACCGAAGGCUUCGCGGGCUUCGGGGGAGGGGCUCAGAUGUCGGGGUCCCACCCUCAGACCGGCGUUACCCAGCAACACAGCGGCUCGCCGGCCCAGCAGCAGCUGCUCCAGCUCGCCGCUGCGCUCCACAGCCGGGCGUCUCAGGGCGCCAGACGGACGGCUGCAGCCCUGCUGCAGUACUGCAGCACCGGGGACGCCCGCGUCCUCCUGGCCAUCCAGAGACACCUCUGUGGCGUCCAGGACGGCAACGGAGACACGCCUUUGCACCUGGCCGUCAUCCAUCAGCAGACAGGUGUGAUCCAGCAACUGAUCCACACUCUGCUCAGCAGCCAGCAGCAGAACAUCCUCAACACGGCCAACCACCUCCAGCAGACUCCUCUCCACCUGGCGGUGAUUACCCGGCAGGUGAAGGUGUUGGAGGUGCUGCUAAGGGCGGGGGCCGACCCCAGCCUGCUGGACAAAGAUGGUCGCAAUCCGCUCCAUCUGGCAGCGCUGGCCGGAGACACCGCCUCGCUCCGCCUCCUGCUGGCUCACCUGGGAGAACGCCACGCCCACCUGGUCAACACCGCCGACUAUCACGGUCUCCAUCCUCUCCACCUUUCUGUGAGGAGGGACGGCGAGCGCUGCCUCCGCCUCCUGGUUGAGGGCGGAGCCAAGAUAAACGCACCUGAGCAAAAAAGUGGAAACACCGCCCUCCACCUGGCCGUGAGGGAAAACCUGUUCAAGGUGGCCUGUACUCUCAUCACAGAGUUAAAGGCGGAUGUUAACACCACCACGUUUGGGGGAAACACGCCGCUCCACCUGGCGGCCGGUCUGGGCUCACCGACGCUCUGCUCCAUGCUCAUCGCUGCCGGCGCUGAUAAAAACGUGGAGAACGACGAGCCGCUCUUCUUCACCUCCUCUUCAGACGAGGAGCAGGACGAAGACGAACCAAUCAGAGAGCGGGAGGCCUGCUCUCAGCCAAUCAACCCCCGCAAGAGACCCGCAGGAGGACACACCCCCUUGCACCUCACCAGGUGUCAGAAGGUGAGGAUCCUGUUGAACCCUGGACUGAGUCCUAAGUCCAGUCUUCACAGCAGUAAGAAGAUGAAGUCAAGCAGCAGUGAAGGGGGAGCGGGGUCGAGGGUGGACGAGGACACGCUGUCCCGCCUGGUGGAGGUGCUGAGUGUGGGAGACGUCCCCUGGAGGAAACUAGCAGAGAAGCUGGGGAUGAUGACGUUGACUCACCUUUACCUGGACAGCCCGACACCCUGCCACCAGCUGCUGCAGCACUACCAGCUGGGUGGAGGUCCAGUACAAGGUCUGGUUGAAGCUUUGCAGUCUCUCGGUCUGACAGAAGGAGUCAGGCUGCUGAGAAGCAGCGAGCUACGAGACGACAAACACAGCACAGACGCAACGGUCGACAGCGGCUUCGGCAGCCAGCCAAUAGACGAAGAGGAGGAGCCGCCUGUGGCCAAUCAGUGACGAGCUGGAAAUAAAAUCCCAUCUCGAGCAGCACUCUCAUCUCCCCCUGCCAGGACUGAGACGCUAAAGGGGACCUGUUUGGGGGCCCGGGAGUCUAAGGGGGACCGGGACAGGGGAUGGGGAUUGGGACUCUUAAGAGUCCUGGUCCCCUUUAGACUCUGAGGGGACCAGGACUCUAAGGGGACCAGGCCUCUGAGGGGACUAGGACUCUAAGGGGACCAGGCCUCUGAGGGGACUAGGACUCUAAGGGGACAAGGACUCUAAGGGGACCAGGCCUCUAAGGGGACCAGGCCUCUAAGGGGACCAGGACUCUAAGGGGACCAGGACUCUAAGGGGAGGACGAUGAACUCGGAGAUUGCAAACGUCACGGAACAUUUUACCGUUUUCUAAAAAAAUAAGAUUAUAUUAUUGAUCAUUUUAAAUGUUUUAGUGGCAACAGACAACUUGUCAGUUUCUUUGUUCUUUGUAAUUUUUCGUAUUAACUUAUAUUUUGUUUUUCCUGCUUCUGUUUUAAUUAAAUAAAGUGUGCUGAGUUUGUCCUUUGCUUCACUUUGAGUAGCCUAAAUUCCAAUUCACUUGUCUGAAAUUGAAGGCAGCGCGACUGUCAGCUUCUUCUCUCAUGAAACAAAUACUAUUUCAUGUUUUGGUAGAACAACAAUAAACUACUGUGGAUUUUAACUUUUUUUAACUUACUAACUUUUAACUGUGGAUAAAUGUUUCCGUCCAAAUCAAUUUAAAAAAAGACAUGAACAUUGUUUGUACUUUUGUCUUUCUACCUGAAAUUUAAAUUAAAUAAACAAUUAGUAAGUAAGUUAGGGUGAGUUGAAAUGCUACUUCAAUGUUACUUCAAAGUCAACCUUUUUCUCAAGAAAAUGUAAUAAUAAAGCCGUUAAAUAAUAUUUGUUAAAUAGUCUAAAGUAUUGAGGUACAUUUUACUAUUUAAUUUAUUUUUGUCCAUUUUCUUCAAUCUGUAAUACUAGUCAAACAACCUGUAAUCGGUUCAAAAUGUUCCGUAAUAACUUUCAGAAAAGUUACGAUGAAGUUGUUGAGUGAUAUUUUUACUGAAUAAUCUGUAAAACUUUUGCUAAUGUUCAGUUGUGUCUUUGGUUUCGAACUAUGACAAAAAUGAUUAGAACGUUUCUCCUUUUCUCUCCGUUGUUGUGUGUUUUCUUUAAUACAUAAAUAAUCUCAGACUGGACUUUAUAAUAAAAACCACUCUGGGAC